CAAGAAUGCGCACCAUCUUUGAUAUUAAAAAAUGAGAAAUUAAAAUUAAAGAAAUAGAAAGGUGAAUGUAGGAAACGUAGUAUAUUCUCCUUGCUUUUUAAGAAGCAACAAAAGCUGAAUCUUUUUGACAAAUAUGUUAAAACUUACUUAUCCGUUAGUAAUUAAACUAUUUUAAGAUCACUCGGACUUGAGAAUAGUGCUUCGAUCUCGUUGAAGAUUGUUUCGACCAUCUCUAUUCUUUCGAUAACCAACAUCUAAAAGGAAGGUGAUUAGAACGAUAUGUAAACUUCAUCGGAAAAAAAACUACGAUAGCUGAAGAAUUAUGAAAAGAAAUUCUCAAUUCUUGAGAGUCUCCCGACAUAUCGGUUACCCUACUGAAGAGUCAUAUAUAGGCUAUGCUUUCAAGACUAAUUCAUUGAAACGACUUCCUUUACCAGAAUAUUGGAAGUUUCCUCUGCAGAAACAAGGACUUCUUGGAAUAAAAAAAAAGUCUACCAUUUUUGUCAAUUAAAAAUAAGUGUUAUCAAAGUAAAAGUGCUCGUUGAAGAUCUGUAAAGAAGCAAAAGUGUGAAGAUAAAGCGCUCACCGGAAGUAAUUACAUUAUCAAGGCUAUUCUAAAAGUCUUUGUUCUUUCGCUAAUAACUUUCUUACCAUUUAUUCUCAUUUCUCAAACUACAGCUUACAACAUAGCUGUACGAAGGCGAUUAAAAAAGAGUUUCAUAGGAAGCGUAUAUACAAUGUCUACUGUAUCUGCUGUACAAGUUUCACCCAAGGUGGGUGAUGCCUUUUUCUCUCAAAAUUGUGUUGAUUUAAUCUCUCGAAGUUUAGGUGGUCAAAUUAUCGCAUGUAGCGAUGAAUUUUUUGCCUCGGCACAAAAUUUGAUUUCAUCGUCUACUCCUAUUCGAAGAGAAGGUGUUUAUGUGGACACAGGUGCUUGGUAUGAUGGAUGGGAAACGAGAAGACAUAAUCCAGAACCUUCCGACUGGGUAAUUGCCAAGGUAGGAGCUUCUAGUGGCCGUAUUAGCGGUAUCGAAAUUGACACCGCCUUUUUCGUUGGUAACCAUGCACCUGCUGUAAGUGUUGAAGCUACAUAUUCCCCCAACAAAAUUCCCGAUGCCAAUGCAUUUUGGACUCCAAUUCUUCCGCGAGUGCCAUGUGGUCCUUCUCAGCGACAUCUAUUUCAAUUAGAGACUCCUACAAGCGAAGCUUACACGCAUGUACGUUUACAAAUGUACCCGGAUGGAGGAAUAGCUCGUUUUCGUGUGUACGGAAACGUGAUUCCCGUGUUCCCUGCCGACCUGGACAUUCGUCUGGAUCUUGCACAUAUGUAUCUAGGCGGCCUAGUGGUUCAAUGCAGUAACCAACACUUUGGACGAAAAGAUAAUCUCAUUUUGCCUGGCCGUGGUAUCAACAUGGGUGAUGGUUGGGAAACCGCUAGAAGCAGAGAGCCUGGUCAUGUUGAUUGGGUCAUCGUCAAGCUAGGUACCAAGGGCUAUAUUGACGAUGUUCUUGUCGAUACUAAUCAUUUCAAGGGAAAUUAUCCCAAGGAGGUUAUCUUGGAAGCAACAGAUUCUCCUGACCAUGUCCCUAGUCCUGAUUGUACCUGGGAGGUUAUUUUACCUGCUCAUAAACUCGGUCCCCAUAUGGAACAUGCCUUUUCGGAUCUUGAGAAUGUUUCAACUCCCAAGACGCACAUUCGUAUGAUCAUCGUUCCCGACGGUGGUGUCAAGCGCCUACGCGUUUGUGGUCGACGUGCCUCCCUUUAGGAAUGUUUUCCUUUUUUUAUAAUGAGUAUAUGAAAGUGUCAUAAAGAUGAAAUGUAUGAUUUGGCUUCAUGAUCAAGUACGAUAGCACAUGCAUUUACUUUCUGUAUAGUUUAUUUAAGUCACAAGUAAGGUAGAAAAUCUAUUUUUUCUUGAAAUCUUGACAUCACUGUAGGACUAUUUUGUAUCUAACAUAUGAGUAU